GGCCCGUUACGUCUUCAUAAAUGCAUAAAUGUAAUAAAUGAAACUUGCUUGACGCAGAUUUAACAGGAUAUUCUUUAAGAACUCGUUUACGGACUAAGAAAGGUUGUUUAUAACGCUGACAUUUCUGUCAGAACAAUGUUAGUAAUACGACUGCUAUUGUUUUUCUGUCCUCUGGUGACAUGGUGUGCACAUGCGCAAAUGAUGGGCAGAUCCUGUGCGGGAAAGAACAUGAUGGAGAUUAGAGCCAUUAUAGUGCAGGCAAUAACUAAUGCCAGGGAUUCUCUCGCCCACCAAAAACAUCUGAAUGAGUUCUUCAGUGAGAUAGGUCACGAUGAGGCCAUGAACACAGCACCAUACACGCCGAAAACGUACCAUCAACAUUAUGCCGCUUUCUCACAUCUCAACCUGCCGGCAUCUGUGCAAGUAGACAGUGGUUUCAUUGUUCAGCAAGCAACGAAGGAAAUUACUCAAACUCUCGGUGUUAGCCCUGAGGAAUUGUACCAGUGUCCUGGUGUACAGGAAAUCUGGCACGAACUUAUUUCACCUUUCUGUAUUCGACGUGACGCAAUCUGUGACGCCAACGCUAAAUAUAGAACUAUUGACGGAUCUUGUAAUAACCUUCAGAAUCCUCUUUGGGGACGUUCUAACAGACCCCAUCUGCGCUUUUUGAAACCUAAAUAUAUGGAUGAUAUAGGUUUACCACGUCAAACAAGUGUUGCCGGCGGAAUGUUACCUAGUGCAAGGACUGUAAGUAAUGUUGUACAUCACCAAGACCCUUGCUGUCCCCUGAAUGAAAGAGAUCUCAGCCUAUAUGUGAUGCAAUGGGGACAGAUGAUUGACCAUGACGUUACAGACACAGCUAUUGCACGAGGAGCUAACAAUUCUACAAUAAUCUGCUGUAACCUGCCUCAAAAACUUCUUAUGCAACGAUCUGAAUGUUUCCCGAUUGAUAUAAAGCCUAAUGAUGCGAGAUUUGAAGAAUUGUGUAUGAACUUUGUCCGGUCUGUCGCUGGACAUAGUGAUAAUUGUGACAUAGGUCGGCGAAACCAGCUUAACCAAGCGACUUCAUAUCUCGAUGCCUCGUUCCUUUAUGGACACAAUGAUGAAGAUGCAAACAUAAUCCGGUCGUUCCGAAAUGGAAAACUGAAGAUAACAAAUACUGGCCUCUUCUCUGGUGGACAAGAGGACCUGAGUCACUGUGAACUAGAAAACCCGGGCGAUUACUGUAUGAAAUCAGGUGAUUUUAGAAUUCACGUCAUGCCUGGUCUGACAGCUCAGCAGGUUAUGUUUCUGCGGGAACAUAAUCGAAUUGCUGGCAUAUUACAAAAGAUGAACCCUUACUUGCCUGAUGAACAUAUAUAUCAAGAAGCAAGAAGAAUUGUAAUCGCCGAAUAUCAACAUAUAACUUACACUCACUGGCUGCCACACGUCAUAGGGGACAGGCUUUCUAUGCAAAUGGGACUUGAUUCAUUGCCCAUGGGACACAAUAACGUUUACGACCAAUCAAUAAAUCCCACGAUAUCUAAUAUAUUCGGCGCAGCUCCUUUUCGUUUCGGUCAUACUCUUCUACAAGAUACCGUACUUGUCUUAAAGAAUAAAGAGGAGGAGCUUGUGCGAAAUGAAAAGGCCUUCAAUCGACCCGCUUUGAUUUUAAGAGAUAAUGGACUGGGAUGCAACUAUGUCGGACGCAGCCUGUCUUUACAUUCGUCUAGUAAGGCUGACGAGAAAAUCGUCGACAGUGUCCGGAAUAACUUAUUUUUAGAUUCAAAAGGACGGAGUUUUGAUCUUAUUUCGUUAAAUAUUCAAAGAGGGAGAGACCAUGGUGUUCCAGGAUACAAUGAAUGGAGAAAGUACUGUGGACUUCCAUGUGCCGUACACUUUGGAACCCAGACAGGGGGACUAAUAAACCAUACUCCAGAAAAUGCGAAGAAGCUAUACUCCGUUUACAGGCACCCUGACGAUAUUGACGUAUUCUCGGGCGGCAUUUCGGAGACACCAGUUGAGGGAGGUGUGAUUGGUCCUCUGUUUAGCUGCCUUAUAGGACAGCAGUUCUACAACCUGAAAUACGGGGACAGAUUUUACUAUGAAAACAACCACCGAGCGACAGGAUUUACUUCUAAUCAAUUGAAUUCUAUCAAAAAGAUUAGUUUGGCCAAACUGAUGUGCCUACAUUUCAAUAUUCCCCAUGUGCAGAUGAACCCGUUCCGUCUGCCGGGACAUAAUAAUCCGAUGGUAAAUUGCAAUAUACUUGAGGAUAUAGACUUCUCCCUGUGGCAGAAGUAAACAACAAAGGAGAUGACUUUGGAUAUUUAAGGAUCUUCCAUUUCUUCCAACUAAAUUGCGAGUACCUUUCACUGCAGCAUACGUUGACCAGAAACAAACAUGUAGAAAUUUGAAUGUUCUGCUGACAAUAAUUGCAAAUUAAGAAUUCCUUAGAAAAAGUUCUAUUUACAUGUAAUAGUAUUGUGGAGUCUAUUGGAAGAAGGUGAUAUAUAUAAUAUGUCAGUAGUCCAAAUAACAUGCAACGUGAAAUACUGGAAAUCAAUAUCAAAAUAUUAUUCAAUAAAUAUUAAGAUGCAGGAACAAUGAAACGUAAAAACAUAGAACUACCGUACUUUUUCAGAUACAAACAUUGCUACGCAAACGCAGCAAAGAACAGCGUCAUGUCGUUGCGCGGACAAAAUUUAUAAAUGUUGCUUAAAUUAGUUGAAAAACAAAUGUCACUUUUAUCUCGUCCUUAUUACUUUGUAGUCAAAACACCAGAUUCAAACUAAUAAAAGCAUAAAAGUUUAUUAUGUUAAUCAGUCAGUUUUAAAAUAUUCAGCAGCAAAAUGAAUUAAAUUAAAUUAUAUAUGUGCAAAUGCGUGCAUACUAUGUGCAGUGUUAACAAUUUACAGAUAUAAAAUGUGCUAUGAAUGCAAGGUCAUUAAGCUAAUAGCGUAUUCAUGUUAAGUACAAUCUUAAGUUAAAUUGUUUAAAACAUUACAUUAUUACAAAGUUUAAACGCAAAUACACAGACACGAUUUAUGAUCUUAAUGAUUAAUUUCACACAUGUACAAAGGUUCUGAUUUCAGACAUUAUGUUGUUUCUGAAACAGUGUCAUCUAUAUUUAGAAUAGAUAUAUAACAUCUGUUACUCGUUUAUGCUGUAGCUACAACAUAUAGGUUAUGGCAUACGGUUUGUAAGAAUACUUGGUGUGCGUACAAAAUAUGUGUUUACUUGUUGCACUUUAAAUACCUGUUCCUAUAAUUCCGUAGUUGGUUUAGCUUUAUGGCUAUGCACUUUUGAAUGUUAACUCGGAAAAGUCUACAUUUCUUAUGCCUGUAGGGAAAAUAUAGAGUAGAAAUCUGAGCUAGUACCGGCCCUUUCUCGCAUGUCUUGGCCCCAGACUCUUUCUCUCCUAGAUAAACAAUCUGCCUGAAUCGACAGAAAGCAAAGCCAGACUGUUUGCAGUUAAUACUAUGAUCAUGUAUCAGAUAGUAAAAUCUUCAUCAGACUCCUAAUCUAUACAAAAUGAUCUGCAUGCUGAUCAGUGAGGACGGGGAUAUCACGUGCAGUUCAACCCUGAUAUAUGUACGGUGUUGCGUAUAACUAAUCAAAACCCUGAAAGGACUGAUGGCCAGUGCUUUUUGAGUGAUAUUUCAGGGUUAGGGCUAGGGUUAACUUCGACUUUCCUAGAAUAUGGCGCCACUUUAUGCUGUUAACCAAUCAAAACGCCGUCUCUCCAUGAUGUUAACCAAUCAAUGCACGGAAUUUUAUUUAUGCGUGUUGCAUUACGUGUAGAAUUUAGGUAUGCCCGAGAGUGGGUUCAUGUAGAAAAACUGAUACAAAAGACAGAGUGGGCGGAGUGAUUCCGAAUAUUUCGAAUGUGAAUACAAAGUUCAUAAUUAUU